CAAAUAUGUCAUCCAACUUUAUCACGUACAAAAAGGAAAACUUUUUCCUUAACUUCUUCUCCAUGCUUGAAAGAGGUUUUCUUACCCAUUUCAUUUUCAUCACAGCAUCACUGCAUCCUCUACUUCACCGUUUCUCCUUCCUCGCCCAACCAUGGCCUUGCCCCUUCUUUCUCCUCGCCGCCGUUGAUACUUCGCGGCAACAGUGGACAUAGCUGGCGACACGUCCUCUUGAGAAUCAAGAGGCUUCCUUCUUCAUCCUCAAAUCACAACUUCAGAUUCUUCUUCCUCCUCUCCAUUUCAGACCUAUUGCUCCUAGUUGUUCUUAUCUCCGGAAACCAAGGUUCUCAUUUAUGCUAAAACCCACAGUCACGGUGACCAGGACCUUCGUCAUCUUUAGGGCUGGUAGAAAAUCGCCUCUGCGUUGCUAGUCAAGUUUCUGCUAGGACUGAAGUUGACUUCACCGCUGCUGGUGGCCACCGUGUGCAACUGCUACUUUUCUUUCCUAUUGGUUCCAAUUUCUAAACAAAAGUUGUUCUUCUCUAUUUCAAUUAUACGAUUCUAUUGGGUUUCUGGUUGAUUAAUAUAUGAUUAUGUUUGGGGUUGAGAGUGUUUAUGUUGGUGUUGAAUUAAAAAUCACAAAUAAAGUUGAAUAGAGGGGGUCUAUAUGUUCAUGGGAGAGAUGUGAAGCUGUGAUGAAUAGUGGUUUUGGGGUUAUGAAAUUUAUUUCUGUGUGGGUAAUUUUGUGCAGGUGAAAAAUGAAGGAAAUGGAGUCAAUGAAGAUGAAAGUUGAAGGUAAACUAUAUGCAAUAUAGAGACUAAACUUUUUUGUUCUAAAGGUGAAUCUAUUGAUGAUAAAACUAUAGAGAAAGUGAAGAAGAAGUUCUGCUUUUUGUUGAAUUGGAAUUAAGGAAUGGAAAAUAAGUGAAGAGAAUUGGAUGGUUAGACGCUCCAAAUGACGCAGGGAUGAAGAUUCAGAAAAUAAAUUUCGUUGUCAUAGGGUCUAUAAUUGGAUUUGAUUUUGUUGCUAUUAUUUCCGAGGUCUUACAGUAGGGAAGAAAAUUUUGAUUGAGUUUGAAAGUUUGAUGAAAGAAUGUUGUGGGUUCUACAUGAUUGAGUGCCGGUACCCUCCAUCUGUGUUGGAUGGGAUGAAGAAUGAUAACUAUUGAGAGGAAUGGGUCCCCAUGGAAAUAUUGGAGAGGGAUUUUAUUAUUGUUUUUUUUUUCUAGAAAACUGGGUCUGAAAUGGAGACCAACAAGAUCAAAAUGAGUCGGAUGUAUUAGUUUAUUAAAUCAUCGGGAGAUACAGUUAUGGUCAAGGAAGAGAAAGAGAACUCUUUCAACAGUGUUGAACUUCAUCUUGGGGUUGAUGCUUCUCAUUCUGCGCCACCAGAAAUAAACCAUGUGAUCACUGAAGCUCAGAGGCGUGAGCUUCACCACCAGGUUUUCAUCUUCAACCACUUAGCUUAUAAACUUCCUCCUCCUCAUCACCGUGUCCAAUUCCCAAGCAACAUGUCAGAAUACAGUUUCCUUGGUUUUGAUCAAGGGAGUAGGAUGGUUCCAGAACCUCAUAGGUGUAGAAGAACAGAUGGAAAGAAAUGGAGAUGCAGUAAGAGUGUAGUGCCUGGUCAAAAGUACUGUGAAAGGCACAUGCAUAGAGGUCGAAAUCGUUCAAGAAAGCCUGUGGAAACAUCUCAAGUUAACACUCCUUUGGCACCAAAACCUUGUAGCAAGUCACCUACCAAAUCAGCUUCAGAGACACUAUUUGAAAUUUCAAAUCCAAACCUUAUCAUGGCCAUGCAACCUAGUGACACACCUUCCAGUACUCCAUCAAGGAGCCUCAGCAUUGACAAUUGCUCUUCUAUGAACAGGUCCUUCAUGGUGUUUUCUUCCACCUUUGCGGCAUCCCCUGGCUCCGGCCUUGCCUCUGCCAGUGCUCCUAAGGCGGCAGUAACACUCGGCAGUGUGGCAUCUGUUGCUUCGGAUGACAAAAGUUGCCUAAAGAUGUGCAAGAAAGAUAACCAGUCCAAGAGUUGUGUCAGUAACAACACAGGCAAUAGAAGUGAUGGGAAAGGAAGCAUUGUUGGUGAUUCUAAUAACAUCUCUACUGGAAUAAGCUUCUCCCCAACAAGUGUUCUUCAAGUUUUUGGUAACAACCCAUCUCACCUGAUUGACAAAACCAACAUAGAAUCUGCACCAGACAGGUGUCGGAGAACGGACGGCAAGAAGUGGCAAUGCAAGAGUGCUGUUCUUCCUGGUCAGAAGUACUGUGCCACACACAUGCACAGAGGUGCUAAAAAGCGUUUUGCAAACCAUGAAAUAGCAGCAGCAGCUAAAACCACCACAACUACUUGUUCUGCCGUUACCAUUGCACGGUUGCCGAACUCUCAAGCCACAACCGACGUGCAGAAAGAGGGUUCUGCAAUUCCAAGUACAAAUCUUUCCAUGUCAGUUCCAGCAAGUGCUCCUUUCAUACAAUGCAAUGGGAAAGGCUCCAGUAACAGUGACACUGAUACCACCAUUAGUGACACCUUGCAAGAGUGUAGCUAUACUUCUUUCUGAGACACUUUUUUUCAUCCUUGAUCCUGCUCCAUGAACAAGUUUUUAUUUAUCAGAGAAACUGCUUCAUGAACAAGUAACUUGUAACAUUUGAGAUCAAUUAUGUGUGAAGUGAACAAUGAUCUCCGUGAAGAAAAAGAUCAACAUUGUGUUUUUUUAUCAUG